AUGAACGCAAUCGGACACGACGACUUCAUUUACUGUACAAGAACUGGUGUCCUUGCCCCUUGUUCGCCCAUGACUUGCGCUGCUUGCAAGGAAGGCGUGGUGCUUGGACAAUCGGACAAGAUCUAG